AUGCCUCCUCCCCUCUCACCAGCGAUGAGAAAACGCUCUUUUGGAACCGUUUCGCCCUCAAACCGGAGCAAACCUCCCUCUUCUGAGAUCGACAAGUCCCCUUCACCUGGCCAGAUCAGAUCCUCGUCGGCUAUGUCUGAGACACCAAGCCAGUAUACGAAGUCCGACGUGUUCUCGGCAGCUACAAAACUAGAGAUCAAACGACUCUCAGGAGACUCCUGUUGGGCAUGCGAAACCGAGUCUCCUCAGAUCGCGUAUGUAAUUGCGAAGGAGGACAAACAAAUACCCCUCUGGUCUACGGAAGGCCUCCUUACCUUUUCUUUGACCUCCGCGGCAAAUGGGAUCCCCCUAUGCCCAACCUGCCACGUGGAGUUUGACCGAUUUGAUGAUCCGGGAUUCGUGUUCAUCCCCGCCGAUUUACAGUAUUUCAUCGACUUCGAAUUGAAGGAUAGUGAGAAGAGAGCGUUGGCAGCAAGAGAGGGGAACAUUCUUCCCCGAGAAGUCCCAACAAGUACCUUGUAUAGGGACCAUUUAUUCGAGCAAGGAAUUAUCUCGGAUAGGGCGACUAGUGGCCUUUACCAACCAAUUUUCUUGAAAAAGUACCUACUCGGCGGACGGUUCUCCCCUGAGGAGUUCGGCUUAGCGGAACCAAAGCACUGGCAUGGAGCUCCAUUAGCGACCCUACGACGAGGCAUUUUAGCCCUGGGCAGUGGUAGAAUCUGCGGGAUUAACCUAGCGACAGUCACUCAACUGGAAAUGCUACGAAACCUAUACUUUCGGGGCUAUAGAGACUGCUCGCCGGGAGUCGGCAAUAAACCGGCCCAAUUAGAUCUUCCUAGCGGGAAAAGACAAAGAGAUGAUGAUAAGCAUAGUGAACCGAACAAGAGGACUAAGAGAAAAGAUUCGGCCGGGAUGCAUGAACCUGGAAACACGGGCGGGCAUCACUUAAAUGCCCAAACAUAUAGCCGUCCUGCUCUCCAACGUCCACAGGAAAAAUGGAAUAUAGGGCCUCAGUUCACCACGGAAGAGAUCGUUAAACGCUACGGUUAUCUCCUUCCUUGUGACUAA